UUUCCUUCCUAAUCAGGUGACUGUCUCCAAAUCAAUAUAUUCUACUAUUCACUUUGGAUGUACAAUGGCUAGAAUUUCCUUGGGGCCAACCUUGAUUUUCUUAAUCUGUUGCUUCAUCAUCUUUUCACAUUCGUUAUCAGUAUUUGUGAAAAAAGAGAAGGCAAACCAGGUUCUGAGGAUUCAGAAACGUGCUAACACUUUCUUGGAAGAGAUUCUCCCAGGAAAUUUGGAGAGAGAAUGCAGAGAGGAACAAUGUUCAUUUGAGGAGGCGAAUGAGAUUUUCAAGUCAAAGGAGAAAACAAUGGAGUUUUGGUUCGAUUACCAAGAUUUCAACCCCUGUAAAGAAAAUGUAUGUAGAAAUGGUGGAAUAUGUAAGGUCAGACACUAUACAUAUUCCUGUACAUGUCCCCCAAGGUAUGGAGGGAAUCAGUGUGAAAUAGAGAAAUUUGAAUGCUGGUACAAAAAUGGAGGGUGUUGGCAAUAUUGUCAAGAUACCGAACAUUCACUUCGUGUGAUCUGUUCCUGUGCAACAGGAUAUACGCUAAAUGAAGAUGGGAAGAGUUGUACUCCCUCAGAUAGCUUUCCUUGUGGGCUGAUGAAGCGAUCCACACGUUCUUAUGAGGGAGAAAGAAUCAAACAAAGUGAAAUUGAUGCUCCUGAGAACAUAACCAACUGGAAUCAGACGUUAAGCUGGGCUUCUUCAGGAUGGUUGAAUCUCACAGCAGAAACUGAAGAUGACAUGGAAAAUCUGGAAGGAAAUUUCACAGAGGAGGAUUUACUCAGAUGGCCAAAUAUUAACUACACAGAUAAAGAAAGAAUAAUUGGGGGAUCUUUCUGCCGCCCGGGAGCAUGUCCUUGGCAGGUAUUGAUUCAAAAUAAUAGAGGAUACGGUUUUUGUGGGGGCAGCUUGAUCAGUAGUCAGUGGGUUCUUACCGCAGCACAUUGUUUCGAUACUGUUAAUCCACAUCAAGUUACAGUGGGAGACUUUGACAAACAUCAGCGAGAACGAGAUGAACAAAAAGUGAGAGUACGGCGCUACUGGAGACAUCCUCAGUAUAACUCACAGAACUACAAUAAUGACAUUGCUUUGGUCCAAUUGACUAGCAAUGUGAUUUUCACCCAAAAUGUACUUCCUAUCUGCCUUCCUCAUCCUAACCUAGCUACUUUGCUAAUUGAAGAUAUAGCCCAGGGAACAGUUAGUGGAUGGGGUGCAACUUAUGCUAAGGGUAAGUUAACUCGCUUUCUCAUGAAAAUUAAGUUGCCCAUUGUGAGCAUGGAAACCUGUCGACAGUCAACCGAGAAGCUCAUUACAGACAACAUGUUUUGUGCAGGCUAUGAUACGGAAGGGCAGGAUGCUUGCAAAGGAGAUAGUGGUGGACCUUUUGCUGCGACUUAUCACAAUACUUGGUAUCUAUUGGGGAUCGUCAGUUGGGGGGAAGGUUGUGCUGAAGUGGGAAAAUAUGGAGCUUAUACUUUAGUAUCCAAUUAUAUUUCAUGGAUAAAAGAAGUAAUUGAAGCUAAUGGUGAAGUUGUUUUACCUUACCUGCCGUGAAGGCCAAUCUGUAUAUAAAAAAAGAAAAAAUUGUGCAUUUGAUAAUACGGUAUUUAACAACUUGAAUAGCCAGGUCACAUUGCAGGUUUGUUUCCUAUAGCUGCUCUUAACUGAAAUAAACAAUUAAGUUACCA